AAAUUAUAAUAUUUUGGCGCUUAAGAGAUAUACCAGUAAACUUAUUUAUAGAUGCGUUUCCGGCACAUGACAUAGCCCGGAGCGACGUAGCGACAAGCGGAAUACCCACAUUCGCGACAAGCUAACAUGAACUUUUGGUACAGUCCACUCUUAGAGACACAGCUGAACACCACAUCGCAACUACCAGCGGAGCUUCUAAGCGCGGUGACCGCCCCAUGCCGGACUACAGCAGAGCUUGAGGCGGUGCGAGCCAAGGCAAAAACACUUGCGCACUAUGACUUGGCAGGAGCAGCUCAUGAUGCAUUGCUAUCACGCAAGCAGCAGCAGGCCGGAGAAGCAAUUCGGACCCUUCGUAAGGGCCACCGGCAGCAGCUGAAGCAGCACGGUGAUGCGGCGGCCGACACGCACGCCGCGGUGGCCUCCAUGUGGGGUGCGCAGCUGGACCACCUGCGCAGCCAGGCGGCAGCCGCCCUCAUGGACCUGCAGGACAAGCACGAGGACGCGCUGCAGAAGCUGAGACUCAAGCAGGUGGACCGCGCGUACUACCCCGGCAUCCGGCCGCAGCAGCGGAACACGGAGCUGCUCAACCUGCGGCGGAGCGAGGCUGUGCUGGCGUCCAAGAACGACUUUGCGGGGGCAUCCAGGAUCAAGUCCCGAGCGGACCAGCUGGCGGAGGCGGAGGCGGCCGAGGCGCACCGCGCUUGGCUGCUGCGCUGCCACGGCGAGGAGGAGCGGUUGCUGGAGGUGCAGCGGCGGGAGAUGGAGGGGCUGCGCAGACGCUGGGACGCGCGGCUGCGGGACGUGGAGGCGGCGCGGGACUGCGAUCUGGAGCAGCUGGGCCGCAAGAUCAAGGUAAACACCACCAACCAGCAGCGCGACUUCACCCGGGAGCGCAAGCACGUGGAGGCGGCGCUGCGGGGCUGCAUGCUCAACACGCGGACCACCAUGGCUCUGCUCGCCGCCUCGCAGCCCCCGCCGGAGCGACCCACCACCGCGCCCCUGCUGACCGCCCUCCGCAGCCCCUCCGAAACCAGCCGAACCGAUGCGGCCUCGCGCCCGGGCUCAGCCUACUUGGGGCCCAGUAGCGGCAGCAAGGGAACCCCAGUGCGAACAAGCGGAAAGGAGCCGGCGACGACGUUGAGUGUGCGCUUCGCGCCAACCCCGGUUCGUGAGGCAUGGAGUGAACGCAGCGGCAGCAGCACCAGCACCAGCUCGACGCCACGACCGCAGACGCCGCCGCUGUUGCAGGGGCCGGGUUCUCCCGCUAGCGCGCCCCUCGGAGGUGAGCCCGCAGCGGCUCAUGCGGAGCAAGCGGCGGCAAGCGAGCCCCUGUCCCCGGCUGCUCCCCCAACCGCACCCUCAUCUGCUGCGGUUGGGUCGGGUACGACAAGCGGCGCAACAGGCAGUGGCAGCUCAGCGCUCACAGAAGCUGCGGUCAAGGCGAUAAAUCAGGCUACUGGUGUGCAGACGGCAGGAGCUAAGCGGGUAGGCGGCUCCACGCACUCGA